CUUGGCGUGAGACGCAGUAUGGCCGAUAUAGUGCUUCAUUGUCUGACAGUAUCUGCUUUGUAUUCUCAGUGUUUGUGAAAACGAUGGGUCUUACCAAGCAGUACCUGCGCUAUGCCCCAAGCGCAGUGUUUGGAGUGAUUGCCAGUCAGAAAGCGAAUGUCGCCUUUGUAACCUUGCGAGGGGAGAAGGGGCGUUAUGUGGCUGUUGGGGCUUGCGAGCAUGUCUUUAUUUGGGACACCCGCAAAAGUGAGAAGGUGAGUGUCAGCCAAUCAUAUUAUCCCUUGUCUGUUCGUAUGAAUGAAAUUUUGCCCAAUCUCCUGGUCUGUUCCUUCCCUUCCAGGUUCUCAUCCUUCGGUGUGUGAAACACGAGGUCACCUAUCUGUGUGCGUCCCCUGACGGACUUUCGCUGGCUGUGGGCUACGAGGAUGGAUCCAUUCGGAUUUUCAGCUUGCUGAGUGGAGAGAGUGGAAUUACAUUUAACGGACACAAGGAGGCAGUGACCACUAUGAGCUAUGAUCACCUGGGGGGCCGGCUGGUAUCAGGGUCCAAGGUGCGUAGGUGCAACUGGUCUGCCCUGCAAGGGUUAAACAGACAGGGUAUUCCAUAGGAACAGUCUGCCCCCGGUCUGCCCUGCAAGGGUUAAACAGACAGGGUAUUCCAUAGGAACAGUCUGCCCCCGGUCUGCCCUGCAAGGGUUAAACAGACAGGGUAUUCCGUAGGAACAGUCUGCCCCCGGUCUGCCCUGCAAGGGUUAAACAGACAGGGUAUUCCAUAGGAACAGUCUGCCCCCGGUCUGCCCUGCAAGGGUUAAACAAACAGGGUAUUGCAUAGGAACAGUCUGCCCCCGGUCUGCCCUGCAAGGGUUAAACAGACAGGGUAUUCCAUAGGAACAGUCUGCCCCCGGUCUGCCCUGCAAGGGUUAAACAGACAGGGUAUUCCGUGGGAACAGUCUGCCCCCGGUCUGCCCUGCAAGGGUUAAACAGACAGGGUAUUCCGUAGGAACAGUCUGCCCCCGGUCUGCCCUGCAAGGGUUAAACAGACAGGGUAUUGCAUAGGAACAGUCUGCCCCCGGUCUGCCCUGCAAGGGUUAAACAGACAGGGUAUUCCAUAGGAACAGUCUGCCCCCGGUCUGCCCUGCAAGGGUUAAACAGACAGGGUAUUCCAUAGGAACAGUCUGCCCCCGGUCUGCCCUGCAAGGGUUAAACAGACAGGGUAUUCCAUAGGAACAGUCUGCCCCCGGUCUGCCCUGCAAGGGUUAAACAGACAGGGUAUUCCGUAGGAACAGUCUGCCCCCGGUCUGCCCUGCAAGGGUUAAACAGACAGGGUAUUCCAUAGGAACAGUCUGCCCCCGGUCUGCCCUGCAAGGGUUAAACAGACAGGGUAUUCCAUAGGAACAGUCUGCCCCCGGUCUGCCCUGCAAGGGUUAAACAGACAGGGUAUUCCAUAGGAACAGUCUGCCCUGCAGGGGUUAAACAGACAGGGUAUUCCAUAGGAACAGUCUGCUCCUGGGCCACUAGAGGUGCGUCCUACGUUCAGUGUAUCCACGCUCUGUACGGAGCAGCUGAAUGUUCCCCAUAGAGAUGCGUUAAUUCAAUGCUUCCCUGUGAGAUGAAGAUUGGCACAGUGCAGCAAUUGCCUCCCAAUGCUUUUCUAUGGGAAAGCAUUGGCUUGGCUUAGCUCAUCAAGCUAGAUUAUCUCGGCCAUGGAGGCGAGACUGGCAUGGGGAAAUAAAGUCACCUUUCCCAUGGGAUCGGAGGGGGGCUGGUCACCUCAGACACACUCAGAAAUAUUUUUUUUAUUAAUUUAAAUCCACCCAGCCUACCUACCUUUCAGAUAGCUGGAGUGGAUCGUGUGCUGUAAUCUCCUUGCUCACACGCUAUUUAGUGAUGCCGGGGUGGAGUGACUUUAUAUUCCGCCUCCUGGCAUCACUGCAGGAAGAUUACUGCUCCCUCUCCACCUCCAUUCUGCACAGCCGACUGUCUCCGCUGAUUGGGCGGACUAAUCCCUGGCGCCUGGGAUUUGUCGAGCCCUGUUACACCCCCAGUGUGGCUGGAUUGGUUUCAAUUGGGUGUAAAUCCUGGUUUUCCAAUUCGCUGUUUAGUGAAUACACCAUAAUUGUUUCUUUGUCUGUUACUGUGAAGCUGAAUGUUCACGGUUUGUUUUCCAGCAGACAGGACGUUGCUCUGUGCAGAUACUGUAUUAAUUAGACAUUCUUUUCUCGCAGGACACGCAUGUGAUUGUGUGGGAUGUGAUUAAUGAGAGUGGUUUGUAUAGACUGAAGGGACACAAGGAUGCUAUCACACAGGCUGUAUUCCUCAAAAAGAGGAACCUCAUCGUCACCAGGUAAGUCACCAGCUGUCAGACACUCUACCCAUGUCUGCUUGUCCUCUGAGCUAGCAAUUUUAAUGUUGUUCUUGAUCUGAUUUGCAUGAGGUUUGAGAAUGUCAAUUUGUCCUCUGUCUCACUAGGCUCUUUAGUUUUAUGUCUACAAAUUACAGGACUCCCCAAUUCUGAGUUUACAUCUGCAAAUAAAUCCCACGUUUUACAAAAAGCAACAAAUAAAAAUGACAGACUAGAGAAAAUAAUUGUAUGAUGUCACAACUGUGUUCUGAAUGCAAUCAGAAAAUGGUUAACGUGUCUCGUCACCUCUAUGACCCCCCAAGAUGAGUAUUUCAUAAAUCUAACAUCACACUAAAACUCCAACGCAGGCAAAAGAUAUUCAGAGACAGAGUAGGGACUGUUUUGUCUUGGUAUAUUUCCUAUGCCUGACAAAAUGUGGAGCUAACGCAAUCAAGUUUUGUCGAUGGCGAGAGAGACGAUGUGUAAGUAGGAUGCCGCGGUCUCGCAGGUCCUCCAUAGACCUCCUCUUUAUACAUUCGCAUGCACGAGAGCUCAUUAUAGAGGUGGUCUCCUGUCAGAUUUAUGGCAGGAAGACCAUGGUAACGAGGGAUGGGUUCAGGAAGUAUCACCAUCCCCCAGCUCUGAGACCUGCGCAGUUUAUUAUUUCACUCUCGCUGAGCUACGGCAUGCAAUAUAUUUUAUAGUUUUUCUGGAGGGGCAUAGCUGGGCCUGUUUUAGUUUACUCCGAGUUAUGUUAUCAAACAGAGAAAAAUGAAAAUUCUUUGGUUGCUUUUAUUUUAACUUGACCUUCCCACAUUCCUUCAGGAGAUUAUUCAGUCUAAUUCUCACUAGUUAAAUCCAUCACACUCUGGAAUUUGGGGAUUAUGAACCUGCAUGUUAGAGCUCACGGCUUUGAGUUGUAAAUUUGAUUUGCCCGUUAUCGGUUACUGUGACUGUUUCCUUUACUAGAGGCAGUAAGGCAUGUACUUUGGAGACAGUCUCUUUAUUAAAGUUUUUGGUGGGAGAUGGGUCCGUUCUGGAUGCAGGUUUAGUUGUGAAGACCCAUCUAGGGUCAUUGGUGAAAUGCCUUGCCUCUCAAAUUAUGCCCCUCAAGGUCAUUGUCAAGGUCUUGAGUGAACUAGAAUGCCCUCUACUGUAAGGUUCCUUUUUGAAGACCCUGACAGUCUCUGGUUUCACUCUGCCUCCCGAGGUUAUUUUGAAAGGUCUCUUUGUUGUUGGGGUCUUUUACUCAUUGGUCCUGUCCUGGGUUGGCAACCAUCAGUAACCAAUUUCUCUCCCGGUCAGUGGUAAAGACACGUUGGUGAAGUGGUGGGAUCUGGACACACAGCAUUGCUUCCAGACCAUGGUGGGACACCGCACGGAGGUAUGUAGCCCAUUAGAUUGUCAGUUCUGCGUCUUUAGGCACACUCUGCUAUGCUGGGCUUGUAUAUGUAAAGCUAAAAAACUACCACAAAAGUAGCUCCAUUUAAAUGUCAUUUCUGUAUGAAAAGCCAGGAGUCAUGGACAGAUUCUUCAAAUCAUAAACUCCUGUUUUCCCAGAUUUAAUCUUAAUUCUAAAAUCCAGAUCUAAACAUUAGAUUUCCACGAUUUGCUCGAUCUCAAAUGGUCAAAACCUCAAUUUGAAGAGAUUUUUUCAUUUUGCCCCCAAUGACUCAGUCUGUAUCAGUUUAUUGUAAUGCUGCUGCCUUAUGGGUGCGGUAUGUCUCGGAUUUUUGUUACUGUUUCAAAUCAUGAUAUUGCCGUUACGCCAUAAGUAAGUUAUAGCUGGAUAUCGGCCCUCUGCCAUCACGCCAUACAGUAAGUUAUAGCUGGAUAUCGGCCCUCUGCCGUCACGCCAUACAGUAAGUUAUAGCUGGAUAUCGGCCCUCUGCCGUCACGCCAUACAGUAAGUUAUAGCUGGAUAUCGGCCCUCUGCCGUCACGCCAUACAGUAAGUUAUAGCUGGAUAUCGGCCCUCUGCCGUCACGCCAUGCAGUAAGUUAUAGCUGGAUAUCGGCCCUCUGCCGUCACGCCAUGCAGUAAGUUAUAGCUGGAUAUCGGCCCUCUGCCGUCACGCCAUACAGUAAGUUAUAGCUGGAUAUCGGCCCUCUGCCGUCACGCCAUACAGUAAGUUAUAGCUGGAUAUCGCCGUCACGCCAUACAGUAAGUUAUAGCUGGAUAUCGGCCCUCUGCCGUCACGCCAUACAGUAAGUUAUAGCUGGAUAUCGGCCCUCUGCCGUCACGCCAUACAGUAAGUUAUAGCUGGAUAUCGGCCCUCUGCCGUCACGCCAUACAGUAAGUUAUAGCUGGAUAUUGGCCCUCUGCCGUCACGCCAUACAGUAAGUUAUAGCAGGAUAUCGGCCCUCUGCCGUCACGCCAUACAGUAAGUUAUAGCAGGAUAUCGGCCCUCUGCCGUCAUGCCAUACAGUAAGUUAUAGCAGGAUAUUGGCCCUCUGCCAUCACGCCAUACAGUAAGUUGUAGCAGGAUAUCGGCCCUCUGCCGUCAUGCCAUACAGUAAGUUGUAGCAGGAUAUCGGCCCUCUGCCGUCAUGCCAUACAGUAAGUUGUAGCAGGAUAUCGGCCCUCUGCCAUCACGCCAUACAGUAAGUUGUAGCAGGAUAUCGGCCCUCUGCCAUCACGCCAUACAGUAAGUUGUAGCAGGAUAUCGGCCCUCUGCCAUCACGCCAUACAGUAAGUUAUAGCAGGAUAUCGACCCUUUGCAGGACGUUGAAUAUUUGUUAAAUGUUAGGGCUAUAAUCCUUAGUGUCUUUUAUCCCUGUAUUCCUAAUGCUAUAGUGUUAAGAAGACUAUCUAGCCGCCCUUACCCCCCUAAAUAUAGUAAUAUCUUGCCUUUAUUCCUUCCUGCUGGUGCUGGCUCCACCCCUGAUUUGCUUCCUUGGCUGACCUCAGAAGUGGUGAUCACAGCCGAGGAGGUGGGCUGGGAGCAGAGCCAAACACUGCCCUGAGGAGUGGCCAGUGACGUUAUCACUAGGCUGUAAUGUAAACACUGCAUUUUAAUUAAAAAGACUGUAUUUACAGCAAAAAGCCUGAAGGUAAUGAUUCAACGUACCAAAACAAAUACAAUACGCUGCCUGACGCACAUUAAGCUGUACUUGUUCUGGUGAACAUAGUGUCCCUUUAAAGGUUAUUCAUUGAGUUUCCUGCCAAGUCUCCAAGUUGCGAUCAGAUUAACCCCUCGGUGACCUUGUCUUCAGCAUCCAUCAUUCAAAUAAUACUUUAUAAAUCCACGACUGCUAAACGAGAGUACUUUAAAAAGGAACAGAACUUGUAUUUAAUAAGAUGUGAAUUUACCAACUAAACGAGCCUCUUGUCUCUAGGUCUGGGGGCUCGCGGUCCUCUCAGAAGAAAGCCGUGUUCUGACUGGGUCUGCCGACAGCGAGCUGAGAUCCUGGCGUGUUUCAUACAUAAAAGAGGUAAGUGAUUUGUAGUCACUGUUCUAAUACUUGUUACUCCACUUCCAUUGGAUAUUCCAUACACCACAGUAUGAUAGGAAACCAAUCAACCUGAGCCCGCUAAGUUAAAUGCUGCAAUCACUAGGAUGUGUGGUUAUCAGAACAAUCGCAUGGUUUAGUGAUGGAUUUAGAAGGCUCCUGGUAGGUGCACGUUAUAGCUCGUUAUCUACUGGAGGGCGGUCUCUGGAUUUUAUGAAAUUAUAUUAAUACUGCUUGCUGUGUCUGCAGAGUGACGUCACUGAGGGUCCGCAGACUAAAAGAACCAAAGGUGUGUCCGCAGGGGAGGAAGAGGAAGCGGAGGACGUGGAGGAGGUCCCAGAACAGGUACGAUAAGGCUAAAAGAGUUCUAAUGUGAAUCUCUUGAGCACAGCUUUCGCCCUUGGCUUCCACUAUUUAAUAUGAUUUAUCCAUUCUACAGAAUAUAUGUGGGCAGUUUGUGUCCGUAUGAUGUAAUUUAGAGUAUUGUAAUUAUUGAAAAAAUUAUCUGUGGGGCGUGGUUUGAGCUACAAGGAGAGCAGUCGAAUGGUGGAGUAGCUCCUCGAUGAUACUAGACCUGAAGUGUUAGACUGUGGCAAUCACCACUGAAACAAAACAAUUUGAGGGAACCCUCAAAAAUCCCGACUUCAGCCAAGAAGUAAAGGUCCCAUCUUCAUCAAGAUGACGGAUACGACAGCAUCAGACGCUGUCAGAAUCUGAGCUUUGUGAAAUAUUGCAGAUAGGGUACAGCAACUGGAGGAGCUCAACUUGGCGCUAGCUCAGAAGCUGGCCGAUAUCCUGGACUGGACAUGCAGGAAUAACAUCAGGAUCCAUUGGAUCCCAGUGUCAGUACGGAUGCCGGAUCUAACUAAAUUUCUGGUCUGGAUCUUCUAAACCCUAACCCCAGGACCCACCACCUGCCAAAGCCCCAAUCACUUGCCAACAAACUUGCCUAGGGACACUACAGUCAGAAACCACUUCUACCACCUUAACCCCUUAAGGACACAUGACAUGUGUGACAUGUCAUGAUUCCCUUUUAUUCCAGAAGUUUGGUCCUUAAGGGGUUAAGGAGGCUCAUGAAAGCCACGCAUAAGUUAAAAUGUCUCCCUGACCCCUUUGGCGAUAUUACCUUGUUCCCAGAUUUGUCGGCUGCAACAAUGGCAAAAAGAAAAUAAUUUGCUGUGUUCACUAAACUGAGUGCAUGGCGUUUCGUAUCGAUGAGGAUUCCCAACGAAGAUUCUGGUGUGGAGGGGUGGUACACUCAAUGCUAUCACUUCCCCAGAGGAUGGUAUGAAUACAUUUCAAUAAAUAGGAAUCGCAAUAAUAUUCCAAUGUCCAUCGUGUGUAUUCCAGGCUCGAUCUGUGUUGGGUGGAUGGGUUGUCGCUGAAAAUUCCCUUGAGAGCUCAUAUAGCUACUCAGUUUCCCCUCAUUGCCUGAAGUCUAGUUAUUUGAAAUGCCAUUCACUAGUACUGGCUGGUAGUCACACAUCUUUGGGACCAGAUGGAAUUCCCGAUUCAUAUUUAGUUAAAUUAACACAAACGCGGACACCACAUGUCACUUAUUUCUUCAAUUCUCUGACGUGAUUCAGGACCAAGGGAAAUAUUGAAGGCAUUCUUAACACUACCCAGACCAGAGAAAUCCCUAAAGCACAGUGCCAACUUUAGGCCGAUAUCCUUACUAAAUGUUGAUCUAAAAUUAUAUGCGAAGCGAUUUUUAAAAUACAUUUUUGAGGCCUGACUGAACUGCUCCUCGCCUUUGAUGCUGAGGGAUACAUGAUGGUUUUAAAAGCCUUAUCAGUGCGCUAUUCCAUCCCAUUGGCUCACUUUUUGAAUUCAGGAUUUUUAUCGGAAGCUUUUUAUAUCACAAAUGGUACAAGAAGUGUGUCCCCUGUCACAACACUCGAACUGCUGGGCCCUAUGGUCAAAAGGCAACCAGAGAUAAAGGGAUUUCAAACGCACGUAUGACCAUAAGAUAGCGUUGUUCGCAGAUUAUGUACUACUACUAUUCCUUAGCGACCUUACGACUUCUCUGCCAGUAGUAAUAUCCACAAUAGAACGGUACGGUGUGUGUCUUCCUAUAAAAGCAAUGGAGAUCACACUCCCAGGCUUCUAUAACCAAAUCCAUUAAAGUAUUGGAGUGCUACACUACAGAUAUUAAGCUAAUAAACAGGGUAAAGCCUGGAGCGACUAAGGUACCCCACUUAGUAUCUAUCCAGGGAUAAAACCAUUCCCCACUUUACAAGAAAUAUCAGACUCUCAAGAACUAUGAUCAGGCCAACACUACCCAAUGGGAAAUGCAUUCCAAGUCAACCAUGAGGUGGUAUCUCACACCACAUAGGUAACUUUCCAUCGAGAUAUUGGCAGUGCCUACAGGAUAAAGAUAAACAGUUUUUGGGAUUGGUAUCUUCUGAGUUUUGGAACAUACUAAGCAUGCUUAGUAUGUUCCUCUUCCAGAUUCCCACACCACAAUUAAAACUUCAUCCUACAUACCCUGUUAGGGUAAGUAUUGCACAAUCCUAGUGGUCGACGUCCCCUCCCUCCCUUACAUCAAGUGAAGGCAAAGUUAACCCAAUCAUGUAUGUACGAAGAAAUGUCAAAUAGAAUAAGGAAAAUUCAUAAACGUCAAGUGGUGUGGGGGUACUGGGUGUUACACGAAAACUAGGUAUGUGUGGAAGGUCAAGGGGGUAUUGGAGGGAGAACCACAGAAAGCCAGACAUACGGGAUGCAGCAGGGGUACAGGAGACAGAGAUUCGAACAUACUGAGCCAUUGCUCACCCUGUCACUAAUUACACAAUAGAUCGGGUAAUCUGAUCUCAAUAUAUUGGCUAUGCUAACUGCACUCCGCUGUUUUCUUCUAUUAUGUCGUCUGUUGUACCAAUAAUACAAAUGUAUAUUUUUUUUUUAAUUUUUUUUUUAUGUUUGUAAAUUGGGGGAGGGGGAGGGAGAUGUGCUUAUGCUAACCUGUGUCUUAGAAGAACAUGCUCUGAAUCUGAAGUAUUGAACUGAUCGGAUUAUACUUGUCUGAAUUAUACCUGCCUUUACUUUGCCCUAUUUUUGUUUUACUUACCUGAAUGGUACCUGCUUUGGUACUCCCCCAUGUGUGUCUGUGUUUAUGCUUUAGUAACCUGAAUGGCACCUGCUUUGGUACUCCCCCAUGUGUGUCUGUGUUUAUGCUUUAGUAACCUGAAUGGUACCUGCUUUGGUACUCCCUAAUGUUUGUGUCUGUGUUUAUGCUUUAGUAACCUGAAUGGCACCUGCUUUCGUACUCCCCCAUGUGUGUCUGUGUUUAUGCUUUAGUAACCUGAAUGGUACCUGCUUUGGUACUCCCCCAUGUGUGUCUGUGUUUAUGCUUUAGUAACCUGAAUGGCACCUGCUUUGGUACUCCCCCAUGUGUGUCUGUGUUUAUGCUUUAGUAACCUGAAUGGCACCUACUCCCUAAUGUUUGUGUCUGUGUUUAUGCUUUAGUAACCUGAAUGGUACCUGCUUUGGUACUCCCUAAUGUUUGUGUCUGUGUUUAUCCUUUAGUAACCUGAAUGGCACCUGCUUUGGUACUCCCCCAUGUUUGUGUCUGUGUUUAUCCUUUAGUAACCUGAAUGGUACCUGCGUUGGUACUCCCCCAUGUGUGUCUGUGUUUAUGCUUUAGUAACCUGAAUGGUACCUGCUUUGAUACUCCCCCAUGUGUGUCUGUGUUUAUGCUUUAGUAACCUGAAUGGUACCUGCUUUGGUACUCCCUAAUGUUUGUGUCUGUGUUUAUACUUUAGUAACCUGAAUGGUACCUGCUUUGGUACUCCCCCAUGUGUGUCUGUGUUUAUGCUUUAGUAACCUGAAUGGCACCUGCUUUGGUACUCCCCCAUGUGUGUCUGUGUUUAUGCUUUAGUAACCUGAAUGGCACCUGCUUUGGUACUCCCCCAUGUGUGUCUGUGUUUAUGCUUUAGUAACCUGAAUGGUACCUGCUUUGGUACUCCCCCAUGUGUGUCUGUGUUUAUGCUUUAGGUAACCUGAAUGGUACCUGCUUUGGUACUCCCCAUGUGUGUUCGUGUUUAUGCUUUAGUAACCUGGAAUGGCACCCUGCUUUGGUAAUUCCCGUGUGUCUUCGUGUUUAUGCUUUAGUAACCUGAAUGGUACCUGCUUUGGUACUCCCUAAUGUUUGUGUCUUGUGUUUAUGCUUUAGUAACCUGAAUGGCACCUGCUUUCGUAUUCCCCAUGUGUGUCUGUGUUUAUGCUUUAGUAACCUGAAUGGUACCUGCUUUGGUACUCCCCAUGUGUGUCUGUGUUUAUGCUUUAGUAACCUGAAUGGCACCUGCUUUGGUACUCCCCAUGUGUGUCUGUGCUUAUGCUUUUAGUAACCUGAAUGGCACCUUUCGCUUUGGUACUCUGCUGUGUAAGCGUCUGUGUUUAUGCUUUAGUAACCUGAAUGGCACCUGCUUUGGUACUCCCCCAUGUUUGUGUCUGUGUUUAUGCUUUUAGUAACCUGAAUGGUACCUGCUUUGGUACUCCCUAAUGUUUGUGUCUGUGUUUAUCCUUUAGUAACCUGAAUGGUACCUGCUUUGGUACUCCCCCAUGUGUGUCUUUGUUUAUGCUUUAGUAACCUGAAUGGUACCUGCUUUGGUACUCCCCCAUGUGUGUCUUUGUUUAUGCUUUAGUAACCUGAAUGGUACCUGCUUUGGUACUCCCCCAUGUGUGUCUGUGUUUAUGCUUUAGUAACCUGAAUGGCACUUGCUUUGGUACUCCCCCAUGUGUGUCUGUGUUUAUGCUUUAGUAACCUGAAUGGCACCUGCUUUGGUACUCCCCCAUGUGUGUCUGUGUUUAUGCUUUAGUAACCUGAAUGGCACCUGCUUUGGUACUCCCCAUGUGUGUGUGUCUGUGUUUAUGCUUUUAGUAACCCAAUGGUACCUGCUUUGGUACUCCCCAUGUGUGUCUUUGUUUAUGCUUUGUGUAACCUGAAUGGCACCUGCUUUGUACCCCCAUGUGUGUCUUUUGUUUAUGUUUCUUUUAGUAACUGAAUGGUACUCUGCUUUGGUACUCCCCAUGUGUGUCUUUUGUUUAUGCUUUUCUUUAGUAACCUGAAUGGCACCUCGCUUUAGUACUCCCCCAUGUGUGUGUCUGUGUUUAUGCUUUAGUAACCUGAAUGGCACCUGCUUUGGUACUCCCUAAUGUUUGUGUCUGUGUUUAUGCUUCUAGUAACCUGAAUGGUACCUGCUUUGUACUCCCUAAUGUUUGUGUCUGUGUUUAUGCUUUAGUAACCUGAAUGGCACCUGCUUUGGUACUCCCCCAUGUUUGUGUCUGUGUUUAUCCUUUAGUAACCUCAAUGGCACCUGCUUUGGUACUCCCUAAUGUUUGUGUCUGUGUUUAUGCUAUAGUAACCUGAAUGGCACCUGCUUUGGUACUCCCUAAUGUUUGUGUCUGUGUUUAUCCUUUAGUAACCUGAAUGGUACCUGCGUUGGUACUCCCCCAUGUGUGUCUGUGUUUAUCCUUUAGUAACCUGAAUGGCACCUGCUUUGAUACUCCCCCAUGUGUGUCUGUGUUUAUGCUUUAGUAACCUGAAUGGUACCUGCUUUGGUACUCCCUAAUGUUUGUGUCUGUGUUUAUACUUUAGUAACCUGAAUGGUACCUGCUUUGGUACUCCCCCAUGUGUGUCUGUGUUUAUGCUUUAGUAACCUGAAUGGCACCUGCGUUUGGUACUCCCCCAUGUGUGUCUGUGUUUAUGCUUUAGUAACCUGAAUGGCACCUGCUUUGAUACUCCCCCAUGUGUGUCUGUGUUUAUGCUUUAGUAACCUGAAUGGUACCUGCUUUGGUACUCCCUAAUGUUUGUGUCUGUGUUUAUCCUUUAGUAACCUGAAUGGUACCUGCUUUGGUACUCCCCCAUGUGUGUCUGUGUUUAUGCUUUAGUAACCUGAAUGGCACCUGCUUUGGUACUCCCUGCACGUUUGUGUGUCUGUGUUUAUGCUUUAGUAACCUGAAUGGCACCUGCUUUGGUACUCCCCCAUGUGUGUCUGUGUUUAUGCUUUAGUAACCUGAAUGGUACCUGCUUUGGUACUCCCCCAUGUGUGUCUGUGUUUAUGCUUUAGUAACCUGAAUGGCACCUGCUUUGGUACUCCCCCAUGUGUGUCUUUGUUUAUGCUUUAGUAACCUGAAUGGUACCUGCUUUGGUACUCCCCCAUGUGUGUCUUUGUUUAUGCUUUAGUAACCUGAAUGGCACCUGCUUUGGUACUCCCCCAUGUGUGUCUGUGUUUAUGCUUUAGUAACCUGAAUGGCACCUGCUUUGGUACUCCCUAAUGUUUGUGUCUGUGUUUAUGCUUUAGUAACCUGAAUGGUACCUGCUUUGGUACUCCCUAAUGUUUGUGUCUGUGUUUAUCCUUUAGUAACCUGAAUGGCACCUGCUUUGGUACUCCCCCAUGUGUGUCUGUGUUUAUGCUUUAGUAACCUGAAUGGUACCUGCUUUGGUACUCCCCCAUGUGUGUCUGUGUUUAUGCUUUAGUAACCUGAAUGGUACCUGCUUUGAUACUCCCCCAUGUGUGUCUGUGUUUAUGCUUUAGUAACCUGAAUGGUACCUGCUUUGGUACUCCCUAAUGUUUGUGUCUGUGUUUAUGCUUUAGUAACCUGAAUGGUACCUGCUUUGGUACUCCCCCAUGUGUGUCUGUGUUUAUGCUUUAGUAACCUGAAUGGUACCUGCUUUGGUACUCCCCCAUGUGUGUCUGUGUUUAUGCUUUAGUAACCUGAAUGGCACCUGCUUUGGUACUCCCCCAUGUGUGUCUGUGUUUAUGCUUUAGUAACCUGAAUGGUACCUGCUUUGGUACUCCCCCAUGUGUGUCUGUGUUUAUGCUUUAGUAACCUGAAUGGCACCUGCUUUGGUACUCCCCCAUGUGUGUCUGUGUUUAUGCUUUAGUAACCUGAAUGGUACCUGCUUUGGUACUCCCCCAUGUGUGUCUGUGUUUAUGCUUUAGUAACCUGAAUGGCACCUGCUUUGGUACUCCCCCAUGUGUGUCUGUGUUUAUGCUUUAGUAACCUGAAUGUUUGUACCUGCUUUGGUACUCCCUAAUGUUUGUGUCUGUGUCUUUAGUAACCUGAAUGGUACCUGCUUUGGUACUCCCUAAUGUUUGUGUCUGUGUUUAUGCUUUAGUAACCUGAAUGGUACCUGCUUUGGUACUCCCUAAAGUUUGUGUCUGUGUUUAUGCUUUAGUAACCAGAAUGGCACCUGCUUUGGUACUCCCCCAUGUGUGUCUGUGUUCAUGCUUUAGUAACCUGAAUGGCACCUGCUUUGGUACUCCCCCAUGUGUGUCUGUGUUUAUGCUUUAGUAACCUGAAUGGUACCUGCUUUGGUACUCCCUAAUGUUUGUGUCUGUGUUGAUGCUUUAGUAACCUGAAUGGUACCUGCUUUGGUACUCCCUAAUGUUUGUGUCUGUGUUUAUGCUUUAGUAACCUGAAUGGUACCUGCUUUGGUACUCCCUAAAGUUUGUGUCUGUGUUUAUGCUUUAGUAACCUGAAUGGUACCUGCUUUGGUACUCCCCCAUGUGUGUCUGUGUUUAUGCUUUAGUAACCUGAAUGGCACCUGCUUUGGUACUCCCCCAUGUGUGUCUGUGUUUAUGCUUUAGUAACCUGAAUGGCACCUGCUUUGGUACUCCCCCAUGUGUGUCUGUGUUUAUGCUUUAGUAACCUGUUUGGUACCUGCUGGGUUUGUUUUUGCUCUAAUUCCACAUUUUUGAUCUCAGCGCAUCUUGACCUGUGGCCGCUAUGGUUCCAUAAUGCGAGAAGGAAGGGACCGGGUGGUGACGCUGCGGACAGACCAAACAAAGCGGUUCCUGGCCUGUCACGUGAGUAUCCGUUCUUUCUGAUUAGAGAUUACUCCAUUCUACAUUUUGGCACUCGGACACAAUGUAGCUUUUGGGUGAUGUAGCGCGCUACCAUUCUGCCCCAUCAGCUAUGUCUCCCGCCCCACACUCACCCACCCAUAUGUGCUUUUUUUUUUUGCAGGGCACGGACUCUGUCCUGGAAAUAUUUUGUGUCCUUAAUGAAGAGGAAAUACACAAGAAACUUGAGAGAAAGCUGAAAAUUGCCAGGAAGAAAGCAAAGUUAGUACAGUGACCUGGGGUGUAGGUCAGUGGUGGGUAAGAGAUUAAUUGCCCUCAGCUUACGGGGUAACUGGCAGCCUUCUGUGGGGCAGUUAGGAGUAAUUGCUCCAAUGUGAAGGGUAAAUGUUUUUACGUUGUGCGAGUUGGUUAAAAUGGAAAUUCAGGACAAAUGUUAAAACCUUCUGUAUAUCAAGAGCUUAUCACAGGUAAAUACCCGCUGUGACUUGUCAAUUUCUUAUCCAGUAAGAAAGCCCAGAAAGGAGAAACUCCAGAGGAGCCUGUGAUCGAGAGAACUCUUCAAGAUGAAAUCCAGAAAAUCGGCAACAUCAAAGCUUCUUCUAAAAUAAAGUAUGAUGACUUUCUUAAUCCCCGUUCCCCUGUAGCCCUCGCCCGCAUCCCCGUUCCCCUGUAGCCCUUGCCCGCAUCCCCGUUCCCCUGUAGCCCUUGCCCGCAUCCCCGUUCCCCUGUAGCCCUUGCCCGCAUCCCCGUUCCCCUGUAGCCCUCGCCCGCAUCCACACUAUGUUCCUCUUCUCAUGCCCUGCAUGUCCCCCCAUAAAGUUGUUAAACUCUUUUUAUCCUGCGCUACUCUGGUCUCUCCGCAUCACCCUCUCCUCCUUUUCUGAUAUUUUUUAAUUAUUAUUUAUGUAGCGCUGUACAAUGUAAUCCUUAAGAUUGAUCAAAGGUCAUACCAAUACUUCUAUUAGAGAGACUUGUAUGCCAAUUGCCACGAUAAAGCAUGCGUCUAAUAGACAAAUAUAUAAUCCAAAUGUGGCCGACUUAAUUAUUUAAAGUCUUUACUAGUAUGUCUUGGUGACAAAAAGGAACAUUGCUACUUCUCACAAAUGUCUGUUUACAUUUGUCAAAUUGCAGGUACAGGCCAUAACCUCUGCAUUAAAGUGUAGUGAUUUUAGUGCCUGUAUAUAUCUGUUGCUGACCGUAGAUUGGCUAGAUAACUUUUCUGAGAAGUCUGUUUUAAAGUGAGUGUGUGUCUCUCCCCAGAUCAUUCGAUUUACUUGUGUUUCCAAAGGGGAUGGUGAAAGUGGUCAUUCUCCUCCAGAACAACAGUUUAGAGUGCUUCUCGCUGCCUGCAGAGCCCACGCCAGCUGGUCUCACUGAGGUCACUAAGAGUUCGCAGCUCACCAUUGGGGGGCACCGGAGUGAUGUGCGCACGCUAGCAUUCAGCUCUGACAACAUUGCCGUGCUAUCCGCGUCAGCCGAAGCUGUCAAAAUCUGGAACAGGUACUUUAUUUGAAUUACCUGUUCCUGUUUUAAAACGAUGGUGUCAUAGGAGAUAAUCAUGUCACAUUGUCUGUUUCUAUCCUUCCAGGUCCACCCUGCAGUGUAUCCGGACUAUGCCAUGUGAAUAUGCCCUGUGCUCCCUCUUUGUCCCUGGCGAUCGACAUGUUAUUGUGGGAACGAAGGUAAUAGUCCUGGGCCAAGACUGGCUGUCGCGCUUGGUGUGCAGAUAUUAUAGUACCCACUCCCCCUUAUCACUCUGUUUAGUAACUUCCUGUUUGUUUCAGUCUGGAAAGCUGCAGAUUUUUGACCUGGCCUCAGGAAAUCUCCUGGAUUCGGUGGAAGCUCAUAAUGGGGCAUUAUGGUCUAUUUCUUUGUCACCUGAUCAGGUAACUUACUAGCCUGGUCACUAAUUAUACGAUCGAUCAGGUAACAUACUGCGCCAUCGCCUGGUCACUAAUUACAGGGUAGAUCAGGUAACUUUCUGAGCGAUCGCCCGGUCACUAAUUACAGGGUAGAUCCGGUAACUUGCUUAGCGAUCGUCCGGUCACUAAUUACAGGGUAGAUCCGGUAACUUGCUGAGCGAUCGUCCGGUUACUAAUUACAGGGUAGAUCAGGUAACUUGCUGAGCGAUCGUCCGGUUACUAAUUACAGGGUAGAUCAGGUAACUUGCUGAGCGAUCGUCCGGUCACUAAUUACAGGGUAGAUCCGGUAACUUGCUGAGCGAUCGCCCGGUCACUAAUAACACGGUAGAUCAGGUAACUUGCUGAGCGAUCGUCCGGUCACUAAUUACAGGGUAGAUCAGGUAACAUACUGCGCCAUCGCCUGGUCACUAAUUACAGGGUAGAUCAGGUAACUUGCUGAGCGAUCGUCCGGUCACUAAUUACAGGGUAGAUCAGGUAACUUGCUGAGCGAUCGUCCGGUCACUAAUUACAGGGUAGAUCAGGUAACUUGCUGAGCGAUCGCCCGGCCACUAAUAACACGGUAGAUCAGGUAACUUGCUGAGCGAUCGUCCGGUCACUAAUUACAGGGUAGAUCCGGUAACUUGCUGAGCGAUCGUCCGGUCCCUAAUAACACGGUAGAUCAGGUAACUUGCUGAGCGAUCGUCCGGUCACUAAUUACAGGGUAGAUCAGGUAACUUGCUGAGCGAUCGUCCGGUCACUAAUUACACGGUAUAUCACAUAACUUGCUGAGCGAUCGUCCGGUCACUAAUUACAGGGUAGAUCAGGUAACUUGCUGAGCGAUCGCCCGGUCACUAAUUACAGGGUAGAUCACGUAACUUGCUGAGCGAUCGCCCGGUCACUAAUUACAGGGUAGAUCCGGUAACUUGCUGAGCGAUCGUCCGGUCACUAAUUACAGGGUAGAUCCGGUAACUUGCUGAGCGAUCGUCCGGUCACUAAUUACAGGGUAGAUCCGGUAACUUGCUGAGCGAUCGUCCGGUCACUAAUAACACGGUAUAUCACAUAACUUGCUGAGCGAUCGCCCGGUCACUAAUUACAGGGUAGAUCAGGUAACUUGCUGAGCGAUCGUCCGGUCACUAAUUACAGGGUAGAUCAGGUAACUUGCUGAGCGAUCGCCCGGUCACUAAUUACAGGGUAGAUCCGGUAACUUGCUGAGCGAUCGCCCGGUCACUAAUUACAGGGUAGAUCCGGUAACUUGCUGAGCGACUGUCCGGUCACUAAUUACAGGGUAGAUCCGGUAACUUGCUGAGCGAUCGUCCGGUUACUAAUUACAGGGUAGAUCAGGUAUCUUGCUGAGCGAUCGCCCGGUCACUAAUUACAGGGUAGAUCAGGUAACUUGCUGAGCGAUCGUCCGGUCACUAAUUACAGGGUAGAUCACGUAACUUGCUGAGCGAUCGUCCGGUCACUAAUUACAGGGUAGAUCAGGUAACUUGCUGAGCGAUCGCCCGGUCACUAAUUACAGGGUAGAUCAGGUAUCUUGCUGAGCGAUCGCCCGGUCACUAAUUACAGGGUAGAUCAGGUAACUUGCUGAGCGAUCGUCCGGUCACUAAUUACAGGGUAGAUCAGGUAACUUGCUGAGCGAUCACCCGGUCACUAAUUACAGGGUAGAUCAGGUAACUUGUUGAGCGAUCGCCCGGUCACUAAUAACACGGUAGAUCAGGUAACUUGCUGAGCGAUCGCCCGGUCACUAAUAACACGGUAGAUCACGUAACUUGCUGAGCGAUCGCCCGGUCACUAAUUACAGGGUAGAUCAGGUAACUUGCUGAGCGAUCGUCCGGUCACUAAUUACAGGGUAGAUCAGGUAACUUGCUGAGCGAUCGUCCGGUCACUAAUUACAGGGUAGAUCAGGUAACUUACUGAGCGAUCGUCCGGUCACUAAUUACACGGUAGAUCAGGUAACUUGCUGAGCGAUCGCCCGGUCACUAAUUACAGGGUAGAUCAGGUAACUUGCUGAGCGAUCGCCCGGUCACUAAUUACACGGUAGAUCAGGUAACUUACUUAGACUUGCUUGUCUUUUGCUUUAGUUGUAACAGAUUGGUUACCGCGUUAUUUUGUAACAUGUCUACAUUUCUUUCAUUGUAGAGAGGCUUCGCCACAGGAGGUGCAGAUAAAUGUGUGAAGUUUUGGGAGUUUCAGUUGGUGAAUGGUGAGGCUGAUGCGCAGAGCAGGUAACUGACAUGGAGUGCUGUUAAUCACACAUACCUACCUGCAGGAGGACCUUUCCAUAAUCUAGUCUACAUGUUUAUGGUGUUGUUGUAGAAUUAUAGAAUUUAUAAGAGAAUGCUUUGUCAGGAAGAAAUGUGCGUCAGCAGAACAAUGUGUUCAUCAAGAAUGAAACAUUGUGGCCGCUGAGCGACAUGUUGAUCUCAAUAAAUUGUGUCAGCUGAAUAAUAAAAUGUGUAUUUACUAAAAGAACCUUAAAGCUAACAAUACUAACUACUCAAAAUGGCUGCCAAAGCACCCCUCCCAUCGAGUGAACACCUCGUGCUAACAAGAUGGCGCCUACAUCUUGUGUCCACUCCCGUGUCAAGGAUGACAUCACCUCUUGAUAGGAGGGUAUCUAACUAACCACUUAACACCUGGACCAAUCAAUAGUGUCUAUUUGCUGUUAUCUUGAUUUUCUUCAAUGAUGUAAUAAUGCCUUUAAAAGGGUCUGCGCACCCAUUUUCUGGCAGAAGCCAUUAAACUUCUCCGGAGUUCUUUCAUUAACCUGAACUUUGUGUCUCAGUGUGAAUUUACUUCUGCGUGCACGCAACUUUAUUAUCUUUAAUUUGGACAGGAACAGAUAGUCAUUCAAACUAAUUGGUUUGCAGUAAAUAAUCUACUACAGUGUGAGCAACCGACCCUCUUUUAUAAAUGAAUCCCAUUAGCCUCCAAUCCUCGUUCCCUGUUAGAGAUGUUUUAAUGACGUGUCUUUGGUUUCCAUGUUUUUGUUAAUGGUGACAUGGUGCCGCUGAGUGUUCGGAGUAAAGUAUAAUCCAUUAAGCUUUGUGUGAUAUUGCCAUCCACCAUAGAUUAAACCAUGCAUUGAUUCAUUUUAUAUCCUUUUCCAGCUUCUAUAGGAUCCGUAAAGCUCCUGUUAUCUCCCUGCAGACCCAAUUUUAGCCCCACAAUGUCUGAUCCUGAGGGUGACCUUUUUGACCAGAAUCUGAGCAAUGUCUCUGCUGCAAACCAUUCAGGUUGUUCUGGAGGCUCAGGGGGGUCAUAGCUAGUAUUAGAAUAUAGAAAGAGGAAAUACUUUGGUUUAUAAUUCCAGCUGCCUUUGCUAUUACGGACCUAAUCCCAGAUCAGGAAGAGGCUCCACCAAUCAGCAGCCGCUUUCAAUUAAUCAGACUGCGAGUGCUGUCUGUUUAUACACAGUGUCUGCCAUACAGCUGCUAUCCAUUUAUAUACAGCCCUGUGGUGGCCGUUGUCCGUACACAGUCCAGUUAGAUUUUGUUUGUUGGCAGUUGCAGGGGGGGCGGGGGUAUGUAGACAGUUGGUUCAGUUCCCAUUCCUGCUUGCUCAUAGUGGUCUGUCUCUCCUCCAGUCGGCGUCUAUCGGUAAAGCAGACACGAGUAUUGCAGUUGGAUGAGGACGUCUUGUUCAUACGUCAAAGCCCAGACAGCCGCUUCCUGGCAGUGUCCCUGCUGGACUGCACAGUCAAGAUCUUUUUUGUUGACACUCUGAAGGUAUGUGACUGAUGGGGCGAUUACCAUUCCUGCUCCACGUCGCAGCCCCAGUGAUACAUAUUGCUCUGUUACAUUAACGCAGUUGUAUAUUGUUUAAAUUGUCUUCAAACGAUCAUGCCGAUCUGUACUUUUAUUUAAUUUUUUUCUUCUUCCUGUGGGUUUAUUUAAUAAACUUUGCAAUUUGCAAUUAAGUUUCCAAUUAAUUAGGCUAAACUAGCUAAGACGUGUUUACAGCCAAGUUGGAGAAUUGUUCAGGAUUUACUGUUUUUAGCUUCCAUUCUGUUUCAGCGUUUUGUGAUGUGGGUGGUGCAGGUCUGUACGUUAUUCUGUCUCGUUCUCUAACCCCAGUUUUGCCUUUUCUUGCAGUUCUUCCUGUCACUGUACGGACACAAGCUUCCUGUGCUCUGCCUGGACAUCUCCCAUGUAAGUUGUGUAAUACUCUGUAUUUCGUGUAACUCGGAUACUCUUCGAUCUUGUGCUAAAAGCCCUGUUUAUUUCUUACUGUCUUUGCCCCCAGACAUUCCAGGCUGGGUUUGUCUAACAUUAUAACUGUGUAUCUGAUAUAUGGCAGUAAUCUUCAUUCUAUAGUGAUAUGUGAUCUUCACCAUUUACAGGACAGCUCCAUUAUAGUCACUGGCUCCGCCGAUCGGAAUAUCAAGAUUUGGGGUUUGGAUUUCGGAGACUGUCAUCGCUCCCUCUUUGCCCACGAUGACAGGUUAGUGUUUCUGGUCUCGGGAAGUCGGCUGGUGAUCAGAAGGUGUAAAUUGUCCUCUCGCUGUGUGUCAGAAGGUGUAAAUUGAAAGAAGUGGAAUUGCCGUUUAAACCCCUUCCCAUCAUCCUUUACUGUUCAGGGCAAGCGAAUGGGCAGAGUUAGGGUUUUAUGUUCUGUCUGGUGGACAGGAAACCAUCCAUGUUCACCUUCUGUCGGAAAACGGCUGUAAGAUCAAUCCCAGAACCAACAAAUAUAACCAAUCAGAAAGUCAGCUGGUGAAAACCAUAAAUUAAUCCCGUGGACCUUGAUAUAAACCCUAGUAAUUGCUGUCUGAGUCCAGGGAACAAAGUAAUUACAUUGUACAUCAUCCUGGCAACCAAUUCCCUGCCGCCUGUGUCAUUCUGUAUGUUCCUUCAAUGUAAGAACUGUAUCUGUGCUGAAGUGUAAAACCGGCAGGUUCUAGCAAUCCAUGGCUGAAUUCAGACACUGCAAUCUCGGACGGAUAUUGAGAUACAACUCUCUUUGCGUUCAUUUAUCCACCACCUUUUUCUCUCUCCUUUCGUCAGUGUUAUGUUCCUCCAGUUUGUUCCAAAGACUCACCUGUUCUUUAGUGUCGGGAAGGACCGGAAGGUCAAGCAGUGGGAUGCUGACCACUUCCAGCAGGUGCAGGUGCUCGAGGUAAGACCAAAACGCCAAGUAGGGUUUAUUUAGUUGCAUUUCUAUAUACUUUUUUCUUAAAUAAUAAAAUAAAAAAACCUUGACCUGUCAGUUGAGGAGUAGAAUCAGUAAAUGGUUUUUCAUUGACUCCAUGCUGUGGUCAUUAUGCUGGUUUCCUAGUAGGAUGGCAUUUCUACAUCUGCUCUUUAGUCCUAUUGCAGACACUCCUGCUCUCUGUAUUGUUCUAUUUAACCCGUUUUACACCCCCUCUCUGCCUGUGUCCACGAACUCUGUUGUGCGGCGCAUUGGCCCAUUGUGGCUAGUGCAAGAUAUAUUUUGAAUAAAUUGACUGCUGCUUGGAAUGUCUUGGUAUAUGAUCCUAUGAUAUCUGGGUCUAAUAGCUGUACCAAAUAAAAUGCUUGUAGCCUCUGUCUUUGCAAGCAAUUUGCACUUGUUGGCGUGAUGCAGUGCUAUGCUCAUGGCAAUGUUUGCGUUGCACAGGGCCACCAUGGAGAGAUCUGGUGUCUGGCUGUCAGUCCAAACGGGGAUCACAUUGUGUCGUCAUCGCAUGAUAAAUCUCUGCGACUCUGGGAGAGAACAAGGGAACCCCUGAUUCUGGAGGAGGAGAAAGAGAUGGUGAGUCUGAGGGUCGAUCAAAUAAUUGCUUAUGUGGGAACGACAAUGGGGCUAGCACCGUAAAACCAUGAAGGUAAAUCUGAGCCAUGUUUCUUUUAAUAUAGUUGGUGCUUUUAUGGUCUGGAAUCCCAUCUAACAAUAAACAAAAUGCUCUGCAACAUCCAGGGACCUGUGUCAAGCCAUUAAUUCAGUUGGCAUCAUGAAAUCCGUUUUAGCCCAAUAACUGCCCCAAUUAACAUCCGGGAAGGAGUUUUGAUCCAGUACCUUCCUCUGUAAAUAUCUCCCAACCGGUUUCACCCUGGGAUUGUGGAUUUUUAACCCAAUCACUGUCCUGUAUGUCUUUAAUUGUUAUUGCUUGUAUUUUUUUUCAGCAAAGAGAAGCUGAAUUUGAGGAGAGUGUGGCCAAAGGCGAACAGCCGGUGGUGAGUAUUUCUGCACCCAUAGUGAUCUACCCUGCGCAGGCCCCGAGUUAAAGCGCUUAGUUAAUUUAACCUGGCUUAUUUACAGGCCAUCCAACCUCAGUAGUUCUGGGGCCCCUGUAUGAUCCUACAUUGUUCCCCAGCAUUAUUGGGGUCCCUGCUUCCGUUCUGAUCCAGAGUGAGCAGUAAUCAUCGGUCACCCUUAGCAGGAAGUCUUCUUCCACAAGAUGGUGCCUGAUAUUAGGGAAUGUACCCCGGGAUCUCCUUACGGUUAAUAUUUAAUUAUCACUUACAGGUUGCAGGAGAGCGUGAAGGUGAGGUUAGCCUCGCAGGGAAGAAAACCAUUGAGACUAUUAAAUCGGUGAGUACAAGAGAAACGGUUUCACUCUUCGUCCAAAUAAUUCCAAACCCUGCAAUAUGCUGCAUGGUAAGCAGACAUUGGACAAGUUGGGGACAAUGAAUGUGAGAGUUAGUUUUUUCUACAACGUCAUCCAAAGACUUAUUUUAUGGUAAAACACUAUUGCUUGAUCAAGGUUUUCAAAGCUGGGAGAGUGCCACUAGUCCAUUUGCUUGAAGUGAUCUUUGUUGUAUUGACAUGUUUGAAUUCUAUUUCUCUUUAAGACGGAGCGCGUUAUGGAGGCUAUUGACCUGCACAGAGAGGAGAGUGCUAAAAUAGAGGAGCAUCAAGCCUUCUGCAAAAGUGCUGGGAAAGAGGUAAAAACUAUAAAUGUAGAAACCCCACAAAUUUCUAUGAAUUUGUGUGACUGCUCAGGGGCGGAGCUAGCUGGCUCGCGCCGUGUGCUCAGGGGCGGGGCUAGCUGGCUUGAGCUGUGUGACUGAGAGAAAGGGUACUUUGCGAAGGCAUGAGUUCGCAAAAGAAGGGGUAGGAUGUAUUGUCGAGCUGUGGCAAGUCUGUUCAGUCUCAUUGAAUGCUGUGACUUGUUGGCUGUUUUAUUAAUAUUGUUGGUUAUUUUUAUAGUUUCCCCGCAGAAUUCAUCCCAUCCUACAAGCAUUUGGAAAUAUCUCAGUAAGUGAAAGUUAAGUUCACAGAAUUAGUUUGAGGGUGAGAAGUGUAAAGAGUGUGAAAUUAUUGGUGGGGGUCAAGAGGGGGGAGACACGUGUUGGGGGACCGAAUGUGGGGUGGAGCGGAGUGGGAUAGGUUUGAUAAGACAGCGGGAUAGAACAGAAUAUAUAAUGGAGUGGGACAGAGUGCUCCUUUGUGAUGUCGGUAUUCUGUAAAUAAAGUGCGGUUAUAUCAGAAGAUGGGAGAGGUGAAACACAUUAUAUAGAGAUUUGAUUCUAAUAAUUAUCUCCAUUUUCAGCCCUCAGAUUAUGUUCUGGAUGUUUUCAAGAAGGUAAAAUCCAGGUAGGUUAGUCCAUAUUAAUCUUGUGAAUCCGCAAGUGUCUGGUUUCACUCUUGUUCUGUUUUAUUUUACAUGCAUGGUGUUUGGAGUUGGCAGUGCUGGGUUUAGGAAGCUCAUCUAUUUCUUUAUUGUAAUUCUAACAAAAUAGCAAAACUAAUACUCUGUAAUGUUAUAUACUGCAGUAUUAAUAGUACUGUGCCAUAUUUAUUGUGUAUUAAUAUUGUUUUUGUAUUUUAUUGUACUCUAAUGUAACAAUGCAAUGAUUUGUGGACCCAGGACAUACUUGAAAACGAGAGAAAUCUCAAUGUAUCUUUCCUGGUAAAAUAUUUUAUAAAUAAAUAUAUACUGUACAAUACCUUGUGAGUAAUGCUGUGCCAUACCGUAUUAGUAACUGUAGCAAACCUAGCCACUUCAGAUUGUGCUGUUAUGUCUACAGGUUGUCCUAGAAAAGCUGGUCCAAUUCUGCUAGUUUAUGUAUUCGGCUAUACCUGUAAUAAAGAGUAUUCGUAUGCUAACAGCAGAAAGCCGAUAUCAUUCAUAUGGUAGUUACACGAACAGUGACUUUCCAUACUGUUCUUGAAACGAACAAAGUACCGAAUGGGAGCCCACAUAUAGGGGGUCGUGUGGCUCCCAUUAACCGGCUGCAACAUUGUAUCAAUCGGCUGCUAAUUGAUUUCCCAGGUGGCCGUCGUUCGGCUACCGACAACGCAGCGGCGGCCAUCGUGGAUUUCCUUUUAGCCAAGCGGUGUUUGGUCGUUGAGUGCCUGGAACUAAAAUCGGCUUGUGACGAGAGCAAUCUCGCCACAUUGCAUGGGAGAAGCCUGGUUGCUCGCCUGUUGCCUCUGGACUAUGGCCCCAUGAUAAAACACUUGAUUUUCCCCUGCGGAGACACGAAAGCCGGGUCAUUCAGUGCUGGCCCUGUUUGAGCGGUGAUACCCCAGAUAGCUAUGCCAUGGAGCCCAUUCGUAUAAUGAAAGACUAUGGGAAAGACUUUUCCUCCAUGGCAAUUGAACUGUGUGUGUGUGCUCUGAGCGCCAUUCAGUAAUAAUGUGCGCUCAGAUCUGAGCUAUCUGGGGAUAUAUUAAAUGUACCUGAUUUAUGCAAUGGCUGCAUAGUUAUGUUUUUAUGUGUUUUAUUGCCUUUUGCUGCCAUGUGUUCUAUGGAGUUUUGCCUCUGUCCUUGGAGAUAAUUGGAUUACUUCCCAAUUAUUUCCAGGAUAGAAGACUCUGUGGAACUGGUUUUGGGCAGAAAAGCCAUGCUUCCUUUGGUCACAAAGGACUACGAUCUAUCUUUUGAACCACUGGACCAAUUUGUAUGAUUUUGAAGUAUGUUUGUAUUUGGAGUAUGCUGAUUCUAAAAAUGUAAGAUGUGAAUGUGAUGCAUACUUUUCAAGUUAUGAAUAAUGUGGAAAUGUUUUAUUUCUCUGCUUGUGAUAAUUACAUUACCCAUUGUGUAAGGUAAUUGUAUCACAGGCAGAGGGGAGGAUUUUGUGUGGGAGUGUCUGAGUGUAUUGUAUGUGUUUAUUGGUUGUGUUCCAAAACCCUGUGGGUGGUACUAAGGUGUAUAUAAGAACAAUAAACCCACAGCUCUGUCUGUUCACUGCUUGACCCUCAACACAGAGCUUUGUCUCAUUCUUGGGGGGAUUUAUUGUAUGGCGUUCCAUUUUGACUGCUAGGAGUGUAAACCUAUUCGUAUGGUUUUUCCUAUUCGGCUGUUUACGGCAUUCAUAUGGUUUCCUGUUCGGCGGAUUGGUGUUCUGCAGUAGCUGUGCCUGUGUCUCUGGAAGGGAAGAUCUACUAAACGGCGGUUUAACCCUUUUAUGCUGAGGGUGCCGUUACACGCUACUCGGCGGCGCGAACACCGCUGGACUUCCAGGCCGUUCAGGAGCGCCGGUCUUCUGGUACUUUCUUCUAAUCUAUGUAUUCGUGACUUUCUGAAAAGUUGGUGGUAAAAUGUAUUUCGUGCGGCGUUCGGUUAUUUAUGCUAGGAUCUGAGCGGUACUUUCCCAAAGUGUGCGCUCAGACCCCAGCUAUCUGCCGAACGGUCAUUCGGUACAAUGGCACGAAUAAAGUAUGUUACAGAUUUUUGUGUGAAAAGCCGGUUCUGCUGUAUGGAGGGAUAAUUCACUUAACAGGAUAUCCUUGUGGGAGUAUCCCUCUCGUACAGCAGUGCAUGGUGGGAGAAAUGUCCUGCAUGUUCAGUUCCCCAUGUAGUUCCCUACUGUAUAACCCCUGUAAAGUGACUAAGGAAACCCCUUGCGUGGGGAAUCACAUAAAUACUGGAGCUUGUGAAUAAAAUCGUCAGUUGACUCCCAGAACUGUGUUUCGUCCGGUUACUGGGGGAUUUGGGAUAUUGCCUUCAUUUUCAGCGCUUUACUUGGAUUACUUUCUGUACCAGCGGAGAUAUUGGGAUUUAAUAUUGCAGCUCUGCUACAGUAACAGUACUGUGUGUGUAAUGCUGUGCCAUACCGUAUUAGUAACAGUACUGUGUGUGUAAUGCUGUGCCAUACUGUAUUAGUAACAGUACCGUGUGAGUAAUGCUGUGCAUACCGUAUUAGUAACAGUACCGUGUGAGUAAUGCUGUGCAUACCGUAUUAGUAACAGUACCGUGUGAGUAAUGCUGUGCAUACCGUAUUAGUAACAGUACCGUGUGAGUAAUGCUGUGCAUACCGUAUUAGUAACAGUACCGUGUGAGUAAUGCUGUGCCAUACCGUAUUAGUAACAGUACCGUGUGAGUAAUGCUAUACCGUAUUAGUAACAGUACUGUGUGAGUAAUGCCAUACCGUAUUAGUAACAGUACCGUGUGAGUAAUGCCAUACCGUAUUAGUAACAGUACCGUGUGAGUAAUGCCAUACCGUAUUAGUAACAGUACAGUUUGAGUAAUGCCAUACCGUAUUAGUAACAGUACCGUGUGAGUAAUGCCAUACCGUAUUGGUAACAGUACCGUGUGAGUAAUGCCAUACCGUAUUGGUAACAGUACCGUGUGAGUAAUGCUAUACCGUAUUGGUAACAGUACUGUGUGAGUAAUGCCAUACCGUAUUAGUAAUAGUACCGUGUGAGUAAUGCCAUACCGUAUUGGUAACAGUACCGUGUGAGUAAUGCCAUACCGUAUUAGUAACAGUACCGUGUGAGUAAUGCCAUACCGUAUUAGUAACAGUACCGUGUGAGUAAUGCUGUGCCAUGCCGUAUUUGUAACAGUACUGUUGGUAAUACUGUGCCAUAUCUUGUUAGUAAUACUGUGCCGACAGUGGCAGUAACAAUACUCUUUUUCUGUUUUGUCGGACAGCGAGCUGGAAGAAGCGCUCCUUGUUCUGCCAUUCUCCUAUGUGCCGGAUGUCCUCACUUUGUUCAGGGAUUACAUUCGACGUGGUCAGGACGUGGAGCUGAUCUGUCGCUGCCUUUUCUUCCUUUUGAGGUCAGUGCUUUUCUUGGGGGCAUGAGGGUGGGAGUUGGGUGGGCUUUAAUAGGACAUCUGGUCUCGUUUUUGGGGGCUUUUGAUCCUUCACGCUCGUGUUUUUUUUUUUGUGGUAUUGCAUGGUAGUGUGGCAGGAUAGUAACCGUACCACUGCAGAUUGCGUAUGAUUAGUUGCAGGUUUACUGGUGGACUGUCUCAUUAUCUAUAUCUAUUGUUUUCCUAGGAUCCACUUCGGACAGAUAACCAGUAACCACAUGCUUCUUGGGGUAAUUGAAGAUCUGAAAAACUGCACAAUCUCGCGGGUGUCUGAAGAGCGGGUAAGAUUUUACUAGUGACCUCUGCCUUAAAAUUAACAAAUGUGUUUGUGAAGUCAGAAAAUUAAAUGUAGUAAACCCAGCAUCUGUCCUGGAACUGGGUGCCCUUUCAUGCUGAACUUGGUAGAGGAGAAUAUAAUUUAAAUUAACGUUUCCUUGCUGAUGUAAUCUAUAUUUCUCUGCAGGAUGUGAUGGGGCUGAACAUGGCUGGCCUGCAGUUCUUGAAGAGAGAGAUCGAGGCUAAAGAAGAAAUCUUGUUUUUUGCGGAUGCCACGGAGAGGUUUGAGGAGAAAAGGCGGAAAAGGAAAAAGAAUGAGAAGCUAAUUCUUACUGUUGCUUAGUUCACAUUGGACAAGUGGACAUUGUUCCGAUCCAUUCCUAGGAUCUAGUAUAAACCAAUCUCUCAAAGCCACGCCCUAAAGGAAAUGGAGAGCUGCGAUUGGUUCAGACUGCCUUUCACCAUUUUAUGCCUAACGUGUUACACAUGGAGUGACCUAGUGACUUCACAUUUCACCUGUAUGACUUGACCAUCAUUGGGAAACCAACGCGCCUUUAAAAUAAACGUUCUUUUAUUUUUUUAUGUGAAGAUCCAAGUAAGUGUUUAUGUUAAGAAUAAAAGACAGAGGAACAGUUGGUGAGCAGAGAGAUGCUCUGAAUCAAAAGAAAAGGAAGCGCAUUCAAUCGCAGUUUGUAUCGGAUGCACUGAAACAGGACCAGCAAACCCAGAAUAACAGAACGAGAAGAGUCUCCAGGCACUCAGUGGAUACAAUAAACCUGCCUGUGGCUUGAACACGGAGUGCCUGGAGGUUGUUUCUGUUCUUUGUUAGCAGAGAUGCUAGUCUGCAGAGCUUACAUUCUACCAUUUCAUUUAUUUAUUUACCCUCCCUGCUUAUGGAGAUGCUCUUAUUACCUAUAUUUGGUAAUUUCUCUCCCUCCCCUGAGCUAACUGGAUAAAUUGAGUUUAUUAGUUGUAGUUUAAAGGGUCUGUUGCCAGCUCUAACACUUUGUUAUAAAUGUUGAGCAAAGCGUGUGCGGACGGAUCACUGUGGAUGGAUUCUCUACAUUUUCUUUCCAUGAACCGAUUCUCUUUUAUUAGAAAAUCCAUAAUACAGUCUUCCUUUAGAUAAUAAAUGCUGACAGAUGGUAUUCUCUCUCAUUUAGAACAAAUGGAAGGAUGCAUGGUUCCCAAUCAUUAAGAAUAUAUUAUUUUAUUGGAAUGUAGUGCAGGUUCCUAAAGCCUUGAAAAGAGUAGAGGGUCCUGGUCAGAAGUCUGCAGUCCGCACUGCAAUUGAAAAAAGAGAGGUUAUAAGUGUGUGUUGGGUAAAACACAAAACAAACCCACUCGGUACAUCUUAUUGGCUAGCCUGUUGGGUUCAAUUGAUCGUGUCCUAACUAUAAAUAUGACGUAGUUUGAGCCAUUAGUCUGUCACAUCCUGUCCCACCCCAAAUAGUACAUCAAUUCGUUGCAGUACUGGGAAAAUCCUCGUUCCGGCCCUCCAGCACGCUCCUAAGUCACAUUUUAUUACAUUCAAUACGGACAAAACUUGAAAAUGAUCGAAUUGCUCACAAUUAAACUUCAGUUUAUUUCCAGUAACCAAAACCCGGCCUCAGAUUCUAAGUAGUUUUUUUUUAGGGAAUUAUGAGGCCGUGCCCGUUCCGGAGGAGAGGUCUCUGGCUGUGCCAGUUCAGCUUCACUUCUUGCACUAGUCACUCACACCAGACACCUGUUGGACACACCCUCCAUAAAAUCACUGGGUCACGUACCUGUCUCUGGCAUCUUCCUGGCUCUCAGGAGUUCCAGCCUGGAGCUGGGGGAUGUGCUAAGCAGUCGUAUCCCUGGCCCCCUUUCAUUGUCUGAUCCGGUCCCUGUUCUGUUAUCAUACAGGUUACCUGUUAAGACUGGUGACAAUUCGUUAAGGAUGUAUUGAUUUUUAGAUUGUUCCCUGCAUUGGUACUGCACUACGGUAUGUGUCAGAAUGGUGCGCUGUGCUGCCAGAUUGCUAUUUACCCGUUUGGGUGCAGUCCUGCUGGCACACAUAGAAUCAGUAGUUGUAUUGAAGGCUGAAGGUUUUGUUUCUUUAGAAACGUAAUCUAGAAAAUCAACUUGUGUUAACCUUUUUUCGAUCAGUAAAAUGUAUAUUAAAGAUUUAGUAACUGACAUCACCAGCCACUUGCAUUCACGGAAUGGAACUUGAGCUUUUAUUCCUUAAAGGAAAUUAACGGAAAAUCUGCCACUCUAACGGCGACUUUUGUUAGAAUAGAAAAGGUGCACUCUUGUAUCUGUUUGUUAAAUGAAUAUACUGAGAGCAGCGCGAUCUAAAACCACAAAAACACAGUGCGGGGCAAAACGCUCAAAGGACGUAUACAGGAAAAAUGUCAGUUUAAUUUCUUUCACAGUUUAAGCAGACUGCUAGGUGCUGAGGGCAGUGGAGAUGUGAAAUUUUGUUUUGUUACAACUUAAAGUUUUUUUUAAUUUUUUUUAUUUCUGCAUUCAGCAAUUCGGAAGCGUCUGAACUGAUGCAAAUAAAAACAAAU